AUGGCCACAGGUCUCAGGUGCCCGCCAGGCUGGGUGGGUGAGUGGUGUCAGUGGGAAGACCCCUGCCGCUCAAGCCCUUGUGCUGGCCGAGGCGUGUGCCAGAGCUCGUUCGUGACGGGCACUGCUCACUUCUCUUGUCGAUGCCCCCGAGGUUUCCAAGGCCCUGACUGCUCCCUGCCAGAUCCGUGCCUCAGCAAUCCCUGUGCCCACGGUGCCCGCUGCUCGGUGGGGCCUGACGGACGCCAUGUCUGCUCCUGCCCGGAGGGCUACCAGGGCCGCAGCUGCCGCAGUGACGUGGACGAGUGCCGGGGGGGUGGGCCCUGCCACCAUGGGGCCACCUGCCUCAACACACCCGGCUCCUUCCUCUGCCAGUGCCCGGCCAGCUACACGGGGCCCCUGUGUGAGAGCCUCGUGGUGCCCUGUGCCCCCUCGCCGUGCCGGAACGGGGGCACCUGCCGGCAGAGUGGGGAGCAUGCCUAUGACUGCGCCUGCCUCCCCGGGUUUGAGGGCCCAAACUGUGAAGUGAACGUGGACGACUGUCCGGGACACCGGUGUCUCAAUGGAGGGACAUGUGUGGAUGGCGUGAACACCUACAACUGCCAGUGUCCCCCCGAGUGGACAGGCCAGUUCUGCACGGAGGACGUGGAUGAAUGCCAGCUGCAGCCCAAUGCCUGCCACAACGGGGGCACCUGCUUCAACACCCUGGGGGGCCACAGCUGCGUGUGUGUCAACGGGUGGACCGGCGAGAGCUGUAGUCAGAACAUCGAUGACUGCGCCACGGCCGUGUGCUUCCAAGGCGCCACCUGCCACGACCGCGUGGCUUCCUUCUACUGUGCCUGCCCCAUGGGCAAGACCGGCUUCAGUGGGGCCACGUGCCAGCUGGACGUGGACGAAUGUGCCAGCACGCCCUGCAGAAACGGUGCCAAGUGCGUGGAUCAGCCGGAUGGAUACGAUUGCCGCUGCGCAGAGGGCUUUGAGGGCACCCUCUGUGAACGAAACAUAGACGACUGCUCUCCGGACCCUUGCCACCACGGGCGCUGUGUGGACGGUAUCGCCAGCUUCUCGUGUGCCUGCGUCCCCACUGGGCCAGGCUCCCUGUGCAACGUGGAAAUCAACGAGUGUGCUUCCAGCCCUUGCGCCGAGGGAGGCUCCUGUGUGGACGGAGACAACGGCUUCCGCUGCCUGUGCCCCCCGGGAUCCUUGCCGCCGCUCUGCCUCCCGCUCAGCCACCCCUGUGCCCAUGAGCCUUGCAGUAGUCACGGCGUUUGCCAUGAUGCACCCAGCGGGUUCCGCUGUGUGUGUGAGCCUGGCUGGAGUGGCCCCAGGUGUGGCCAGAGCCUCCCCCAUGAUGCCUGUGAGUCCCAGCCCUGCAGGGCCGGUGGCACCUGCACCAGUGAUGGAGGCAGUUUCCACUGCACCUGCCCUCCUGGUGCCCAGGGCCGCCAGUGUGAGCUGAGGACCCCCUGUACCCCGAACCCUUGUGAGAAUGGGGGCCGCUGUGAGUCUGCCCCUGGCCAGCUGGCUGUCUGCUCCUGCCCCCUGGGCUGGCAAGGCCCACAAUGUCAGCAAGACGUGGAUGAGUGUGUGGACCCCUCACUGUGUGGCCCCCAUGGCACCUGUACCAACCUGCCGGGCACUUUCAGCUGCACCUGCCACGGAGGGUACAGCGGCCCUUCCUGUGAUCAGGACAUCGAUGACUGCGACCCCAACCCAUGCCUCAACGGCGGUUGGUGUCAGGACGGUGUGGACUCCUUUACCUGCUCCUGCCUCCCUGGCUUUGCUGGCCCGCUCUGCACCCGCGAUGUGGACGAGUGUCUGAGCAGCCCCUGCGGCCCAGGCACCUGCACGGACCACGUGGCCUCCUUCACUUGCACCUGCCCUCCAGGCUAUGGGGGCCUUCACUGUGAACAGGACCUGCCCGACUGCAGCCCCAGCUCCUGUUUCAAUGGAGGCACCUGCGUAGACGGCGUGAACUCAUUCAGUUGCUUGUGCCGCCCUGGCUACACAGGUGCCCACUGCCAACACGAGGCAGAUCGCUGCCUGUCAAGGCCCUGUCUGAACGGGGGUGUCUGCAGUCCCACCCCCUCUGGCUUCCACUGCACCUGCCCGCAGGCCUUCACUGGCAGCCAGUGCCAGACGCUGGUGGAUUGGUGCAGCCGUGCACCCUGUCAGAACGGGGGUAGCUGCACCCAGACCGGGACCUCCUUCUAUUGCCUUUGCCCCCCAGGGUGGGGCGGCCGCCUGUGCGACGUUCGGAGCCUGCCUUGCAGGGAAGCUGCAGCUCAGAUCGGUUACACUGGCCUGCGCUGCGAGGCCGACAUCAAUGAGUGCCGCCCGGGGACCUGCCACUCGGCGCACACCCGGGACUGCCUGCAGGAUCCAGGGGGCAGCUUCCGCUGCCUUUGCCAUGCGGGCUUCACAGGUCCCCGCUGUCAGACUGUGCAGUCUCCCUGUGAGUCCCAGCCAUGCCAGCACGGGGGCCAGUGCCGCCCCAGCCCGGGCUCUGGAGGUGCGCUGACCUUCGCUUGUCACUGCAUCCCGCCUUUCUGGGGUCCGAGGUGCGAGCGGGUGGCGCGCUCUUGCCGGGAGCUGCAGUGCCCGGUGGGCAUCCCAUGCCAGCAGACAGUCCGCGGGCCGCGCUGCGCCUGCCCUCCGGGGCUCUCGGGACCCGCCUGCCGGAGCUCCCGAGUAUCAGCGCCAGGGGCCACCAACACCAGCUGUGCAGCCGGGGCCUGCCUGCACGGGGGCUCCUGCCGCCCCAUGCCGUUCGCACCCUUCUUCCUCUGCUCCUGCGCGCCGGGCUGGACUGGGCCCCGCUGCGAGGCGCUCGCCGUGGCUCCCGAGGCGCCCGAGGAGCCGCGGUGCCCUCUCGCCACCUGCCGCGCCAAACGUGGGGACCGCCGCUGCGACCGCGAGUGCAACAGCCCCGGCUGCGGCUGGGACGGGGGCGACUGCUCGCUGAGCGUGGACGACCCCUGGCGGCAGUGCGAGGCGCUGCAGUGCUGGCGCCUUUUCAACAACAGCCACUGCGACCCCGCCUGCAGCUCGCCCGCCUGCCUUUACGACAACUUCGACUGUCACACGGGGGCCCAGGAACGCACCUGCAACCCCGUGUAUGAGAAGUACUGCGCAGACCACUUUGCGGAUGGCCGCUGCGACCAGGGCUGCAACACGGAGGAGUGCGGCUGGGAUGGCUUGGACUGCGCGGGCGAGGUGCCGGCGCUGCUGGCGCGCGGCGUGCUGGUCCUCACCGUGCUGCUGCCGCCCGACGAGCUGCUGCGCUCCAGCGCCGACUUCCUGCAGCGGCUCAGCGCCAUCCUGCGCACCUCGCUGCGCUUCCGCCUGGACGGCAACGGCCAGGCCAUGGUCUUCCCGUACCACCGGCCAGGCACGGAGCCGCGCGCCCGCCGGGAGCUGACCCCGGAAGUGAUCGGCUCCGUGGUCAUGCUGGAGAUCGACAACCGGCUGUGUCUGCAGUCCCCCGAGAAUGACCACUGCUUCCCGGACGCCCAGAGCGCGGCUGACUACCUGGGUGCCCUGUCGGCGGUGGAGCGCCUGGACUUCCCGUACCCUCUGCGGGCUGUGCGGGCGGAAUUGCUGGAGCCGCCUGAGCCAAGUCUGCCCUUGCUGCCUCUGUUGGUCGCGGGCGCCGUCUUCCUGCUGAUCAUCCUGGUCCUGGGGGUCAUGGUGGCGCGGCGCAAGCGUGAGCACAGCACCCUCUGGUUCCCCGAGGGCUUCUCGCUGCACAAGGACGUGGCUGCAGGCCACAAAGGCCGCCGGGAGCCCGUGGGCCAGGAUGCGCUGGGCAUGAAGAACAUGGCCAAGGGCGAGAGUCUGAUGGGGGAGGAGGCCACAGACUGGAUGGACACCGAUUGCCCGGAGGCAAAGAGACUGAAGGUGGAGGAACCCUGUGUGGGGGCUGAGGAUACUGUGGACUGCCGCCAGUGGACUCAACACCACCUAGCUGCUGCAGACAUCCGCGUGGCACCAGCCAUGGCGCUGACACCACCGCAGGGUGACGUGGAUGCUGACGGCAUGGACGUCAACGUGCGUGGCCCAGAUGGCUUCACUCCACUAAUGCUGGCCUCCUUCUGUGGGGGGGCUCUGGAGCCGAUGCCAGCUGAGGAGGACGAGGCUGAGGACACGUCGGCCAGCAUCAUCUCAGACCUGAUCUGCCAGGGUGCCCAGCUUGGGGCACAGACCGACCGCACUGGUGAGACUGCCCUGCACCUAGCUGCCCGCUACGCCCGGGCUGAUGCGGCCAAGCGGCUGCUGGACGCCGGGGCAGACACCAACGCCCAGGACCACUCGGGCCGGACGCCUCUGCACACGGCUGUCACUGCCGAUGCCCAGGGGGUCUUCCAGUCCGCCCCCACCCUUCUCCAUGUCGCCUCCUCUGGGCCCGGGGACGUGAGCCGGGGCCUGAGCCUGCCUUUCCUCCUCUCCCCUCUCUCUCCAGGGAAGUCAGCCUUACACUGGGCUGCUGCUGUCAACAAUGUGGAGGCCACCCUAGCCCUGCUCAAAAAUGGAGCCAACAAGGACAUGCAGGACAGCAAGGAGGAGACGCCCCUGUUCUUGGCAGCCCGUGAGGGCAGCUUUGAGGCUGCUAAGCUGCUGCUCGACCACUUUGCCAACCGUGAGAUCACAGACCACCUGGACCGGCUGCCCAGAGACGUGGCUCAGGAGCGGCUGCACCAAGACAUCGUGCGGCUGCUGGACCAGCCCAGUGGGCCCCGCAGCCCGCCUGGCCCCCACGGUCUGGGCCCCCUGCUCUGCCCGCCUGGAGCCUUCCUCCCGGGCCUCAAGGCAGCACCCUCUGGGGGCAAGAAGAGCCGGAGACCCCCUGGGAAGGCAGGGCUGGGGCCGCAGGGGGCCCGGGGUCGGGGCAGGAAGCUGACGCUGGCCUGCCCAGGGCCACUGGCAGACAGCUCGGUCACCCUCUCGCCUGUGGACUCGCUGGACUCCCCUCGGCCCUUUGGAGGGCCCCCUACUUCCCCUGGUGGCUUCUCUCUUGAGGGGCCCUACGCGGCUGCCACUGCCACGGCUGUCUCUCUGGCACAGCUUGGGGCUGCUGGGCGGGUGAGUCUGGGCCGCCAGCCAUCAGGGGGCUGUGUGCUCAGCCUGGGUCUGCUGAACCCAGUGGCUGUGCCCCUUGACUGGGCCCGCCUACCCCCACCAGCCCAACCGGGCCCAUCCUUCCUGCUGCCCCUGGCCCCGGGCCCCCAGCUGCUGAACCCCGGGACCCCUGUCUCCCCCCAGGAGCGGCCCCCACCAUACCUUGCCGCCCCGGGACAUGGUGAGGAGUACUCGGGAGCUGGGCCCCACAGCAGCCCCCACAAGGCUCACUUCCUGCGGGUCCCCAGUGAGCACCCUUACCUGACCCCCUCCCCGGAGUCCCCGGAGCAUUGGGCCAGCCCAUCACCCCCCUCCCUGUCGGACUGGUCUGAUUCCACACCCAGUCCAGCCACAGCCACUGGGGCGGCUGUGGGGACACUGCCUGCCCAGACCCUUCCCCUGACCGUCCCCAGCCCUCUCACCCAGACCCAGACCCAGCUGGGGCCCCACCCCGAGGGUCCCCCCAAGAGGCAGGUGCUGGCCUGAGCCCCUUCUCCGUUUCUGGAUCUUGGGGAGCCUGAGAGGCACUCUCUUCUCCUUCAGUCCUGUUCCUUCUCUCCUCUUUGACCCCACCCCC